ACCUCCCCAACCCCGUACCGACUGUCUUUUGUCUGAUCUUCUCCAGAGACCUCCCCAACCCCGUACCGACUGUCUUUUGUCUGUUCUUCUCCAGAGACCUCCCCAACCCCGUACCGACUUUUGUCUGAUCUUCUCCAGAGACCUCCCCAACCCCGUACCGACUGUCUUUUGUCUGAUCUUCUCCAGAGACCUCCUCAACCCCGAACGGACUGUCAUUUGUCUGAUCUUCUCCAGAGACAUCCCCAACCCCGUACCGACAGCCUUUCGUCUCAUUUUCUCCAGAGACCUCUCAAAGCCCUUAACGACUGUCUUUUGUCUGAUUUUCUCUAGUGACUUUCCCAACCCCGUACCGACUGCCUUUUGUCUGAUCUUCUCCAGUGACUUUCCCAACCCCGUACCGAUUGUCUUUUGUCUGAUAUUCUCUAGUGACUUUCCCAACCCCGUACCGAAUGCCUUUUGUCUGAUCUUCUCCAGAGACUUCCCCAGCCCCGUACCGACUGCCUUGUGUCUGAUCUUCUCCAGUGACCUCCCCAACCCCGUACCGACUGCCUUUUGUCUGAUCUUCUCCAGUGACUUCCCCUACCCCGUACCGACUGUCUUUUGUCUGAUCUUCUCCAGAGACAUCCCCGACGCCGUACCGACUGCCUUUUGUCUGAUCUUCUCCAGAGACCUCCCCAACCCCGUACGGACUGCCUUUUGUCUGAUCUUCUCCAGAGACCUCCCCAACCCCGUACCGACUUUUGUCUGA